AUUCGUCAAUCUUCCUGUAUUAAUUCUUGCACUUCCGAGACAUUUUCAGAUAUUUGAAUCCCUGGAAAAUGAAAUGGCUGCUUCGGUUUUUCUCAGGUGAAAUUGCAGCGAUUUCGAAGCGUAUUUCACAAGAUAGAUUCAGUGAUGGAAUGCUGAUUCUGAAUAGGUUGCUAUUAUCUGGAAAUGGAGUAGCAAUCAAAUUGCUCAACCGCGCAUUUCAUAGUUCUCCACCGUGUAAUUACUCGGAAUCUGAUGUAGGAGUGAAAACUCAUGCACCUGCGUUAUUUAGUCAUCUUGAGGAUGAUGAUUAUUUCUCAGAGUUGGGUUCUGUAGAGAAAGAAGUGGAUCGGAAUGUGAUUGUGAAGAUGUUAACUGAGAAGCCAGAGCCUGUUCAGGAUGAGAAUCCAGUGAUAUCUCUGAAUACUAAAGGCAAGAAGAAAAAGAAAAAGAAGAAGAAGCAGGAACAAGCUUCUGAUUCAAUUUCGAAACCAAAGUUGUUGACUGAAAAGCCAGAAGUUUCUUGGAAAGUUAAUGGCAAGAAGAAGACGGAAGCAUAUGCUUCUUCACCAGCAAGAGAUGCUACAGAUUCAAAUAUUCCUUUCUCCAAGCCAACCAUGUCAUCAUCUCAAAUUCAAGAUCACAAAUCCAAAUCUCAAAACAUAAUCAGUCCCAGUUCUGAGCCAGGAGACGAAAAUAGCUCCAAGGGUUCUGCUAUCUCCAAGACACCCUCAAAUCAUCCCUCUUCAGUACUCGUUAUAAGGAUUGGUAAUCUAAAUUCGAAAACAGCUGAUUCAAUGAUACACUCGAUGUGCUUGUCGAUUUGCCCUCUCGAGGGGCUUGCUAGGGUUAAUGAGGACACUGUUGACGUUUUAUUUCGAGUGAAAAACCGAAACGAAGCAGAUUCUAUACUGGAAGAGCUAAAAGAUGCAACCGUAGAUAACUCUCAAUGGACGGCUGAGAUUGUACCAGAAGCCGAAGAAGGUUCGAAAAAUCAAAUGGGUAUGAGAAUCACAAGCUGUUACGAAGAUUUGGAUAAGCAACUGGUAAUGCAGCGCAUUCUUGGAAAAGACUUGGAAGUUCUGCUCCAUUCAGUAAUGCAUCUGGAGAAUCACCCAAUGGCUCGAGGAAGAGACUAACUAAAGUUAGUUAGGUAUUUGUUGAGUCUUGCACUUCCUUUGAUAAUCAAUUGAAUUGGGGGUU